AUGGCCCUCGGCAAGCUCACUCCUCAGUGCACCUUAGAACUGCGAGGAACGCCACCCCUAGGGCGGGUUGGAGCGGAAAGUAACGAUAAGUUAGUUCCACGAGCCUGGGGACCGGUUGGCGGUUGGGUGGUUGAAGGAGAGGACAACGGCGUUACAGAUCGCGGACUCUGCCUCAAAGGUUUAUCCGGUAGUUUUGGUGAAGGCCCACGCGUAGUCGGUUCCUUAGGAGGAGACGGCGGCCUACCAGCAGGCGCCCGCGGCGGCUCUACUGGUCUUGGUGGCGAUCUGGUGGGACGGGAAGGAGAUGUUACCGGUUGCCGAGCUUCAUAUUGUGUUCGUGUCGGCAUAUUGGCUGGAGAGCGCGUGACGCGCCCAGAUCGCGGCAUGUUCAAUCUGUCGCUUGUUUGUAACGGUGGGGAUGACCUCUGUGACGUCGACGUCGAAACACGAUCAGAGUUGUGGCCGGAUGGCACUCUCGGUGGAGAGAGUGACCCGCGUCGCCAUGAUCGCUCAGCAGGAACUUCUCGCCGCGGUUCGCGCCGAUCCAAGCUGCGUGACCGAGCACGCGGAGGCCCUCGAGGAUAUCCAGGGAAUGACGGAGACCAGGGUCGUUCAAAUCUUGGUCGUACAGGCGGAGAAGCGACGCGCUCUCUUUUUGGAGAGCGAGGGUGGUAA